AUGACUUCUGCGGUGACAAAUACCGCAAUGAUCGAUGAUGAUAUAACAUCUAAUACAUAUAAACGACGUCGUUCAUCGAUAGUAUCAUCAAAUAAUGAACCUUCAAUUGAACAAUCGCCGUCAAAACGCGUUCGUUCAUCAUCUCCAUCAACAAAUCUUCAAACAAUGUUUUCAUGUUUAAAUAAUAUUGUUCAAUCACAUCGUAGUCUUGUUCGAGAAUAUAUUGAUUUACAAAUGCGUGAUCGAACAGAUUUAUCCAUAGAUGAACAACGUUUUAUUAAAGCUGAAGAAGAUCUUAUUGAAAAAGUUGAAAAAAAUCUUCAAGAUAUAAAUAUAUCAUUAACAUUAAAAAAUAUUCCAAGUAAAUUACCACCAGUUGAACGUGUUAAACAUGAAAAUGAUAUAUUAAAACGUAUUGAUGAAUUAAAAUCUAAUGGUAAAUGGUCAAAUCAACGUUUAGUUAAAUUUAUUGAACCAAAAAAACGUAAAACACAUUGGGAUUAUUUACUUGAUGAAAUGCGUUGGUUAGCUGAAGAUUUUGCACAUGAAAAACGUUGGAAACAAAUGAUGGCGAAGAAACUUUCAUUAGCUAUAUUAAAAUAUUUUCGUGAAAAAAAUCAAGCGGAAAAUCAACAACAACGUGAUGAACUUAAACGUUUACGUAAACAAGCAUUAUUUGUAUGUAAAGAAGUAAUGAAUUUUUGGAAAAAUAUGCAUAAAGUAGCUGAAUUUAAAGAAACAACACGUAUACAAGAAUUACGUAAACAUCAAUUAGAUUUACAUUUAAAUUUUAUUGUUGAUCAAACAGAAAAAUAUUCCGAUUGGUUAGUUAAAUCAUUGAAAACUGAAUCAAAUGCAGAUGAUGAUGAUAAAGAUUUUAAUUUAACUGAAGAUAUGAAUGAUGAUGAUAAUGAAGAAACAAUUGAACGUGAAGAAGAAGAUGAACAAGAUGAAUAUGCUGCUAAUGAAUUAAAAGAAUUAGAAGCUGAUCGAGAAGAAUCUAUUAAUGAUUUAUUAAAACGUUAUUAUGGAAUUGAUAUAUCAAAUUCUUCAAGUGAAAAAGAAAAUAAUAUUCCAAUUGAUAUUAAAGAAGAUGAUAAAAGUCAAUCACCAACAACAUCAACAACAAUAGAAGAUGAAAAUGAAACAAAACAAGAACUAGUAGAAGAUAAAGAAAUGAAUGAUUUAGCUACAACUGCUCAAGCACUUCAACCAACUGGAUUUACAUUAAAUACAACUGAAGUUAAAACACCGGUGCCAUUUUUAAUUAAACAUUCACUUAGAGAAUAUCAACAUGUUGGUUUAGAUUGGCUUGUUACAUUAUAUGAAAAUAAACUUAAUUGUAUUUUAGCUGACGAAAUGGGUUUAGGUAAAACUAUUCAAACAAUUGCAUUACUUGCUCAUUUAGCAUGUGAAAAAGGUGUUUGGGGUCCACAUUUAAUUGUUGUUCCAACAAGUGUUAUGUUGAAUUGGGAAUUAGAAUUUAAAAAAUGGUGUCCAGCAUUUAAAAUUCUAACAUAUUAUGGUUCUGUUAAAGAACGUCAAUUAAAACGUCAAGGUUGGACAAAAGUUAAUGCAUUUCAUGUAUGCAUAACAUCAUAUAAACUUGUUCUACAAGAUGCAAAAGCAUUUCGUCGUAAAAAAUGGAAAUAUUUAAUCUUAGAUGAAGCACAAAAUAUAAAAAAUUUUAAAUCACAACGUUGGCAAACAUUAUUAAAUUUUCAUUCCCAACGACGUUUAUUAUUAACAGGUACACCAUUACAAAAUUCUUUGAUGGAAUUAUGGUCAUUAAUGCAUUUUUUAAUGCCAAAUUUAUUUGCAUCACAUCAUGAAUUUCGUGAAUGGUUUUCCAAUCCGUUAACUGAAAUGAUUGAACAAGGACAAACAAAUGCAAAUGAUUCAUUAAUUAAACGUUUACAUAAAGUUUUACGUCCAUUUAUUUUACGACGUUUAAAAGUUGAUGUUGAAAAACAAAUGCCAAAAAAACAUGAACAUGUUAUUAUGUGUCAUUUAUCUAAAAGACAAAGACAAUUAUAUGAUGAUUUUAUUCAAUGUAAAACAACACGUGAUACUAUACAACAAGGACAUUAUAUGUCUGUGAUUAAUAUAUUAAUGCAAUUAAGAAAAGUUUGUAAUCAUCCAGAUUUAUUUGAAUCUCGACCUAUUAUAUCACCAUUUACAAUACAAAAAAAACUUAUUUGUUAUGAAAUACCAAGAUUAAUUGAAAAAGUUUCUUUUAAAAAUCCAUAUCUAGAUUUUGAUUUACCACCUAAUGAUACAUUUCUUUGUUUUCGUAUUAAAUUUACUUUACAAGCAACAAGAGAUAUGAUAUUUGAUUCAAUAAAUCAUAUUGAUGAAAAUAAUCGACAUAUUAUUCAAUUAACAUCAGAUAUUAUUGAUAGAUAUAGAAAUAGUUCAUUAUGGUAUCAAGCAAAUGUACCAAUUAGAAACACUCGGAAUCGACAAUCAAAUAAGUUGAUUACAGCAACGGAUUUUAUAGAUGAUGAAUUUCAACCAGAAAAUAUUUAUUAUGAAAUCUGUAAACAACGUCAACGUGAACGUGUAUCUCGGUAUGAACUUCUUUGUCGUUUAAAUACUGAUCGUUGUCAAUCUCGACCAUUGUAUGGUUCAGAUGUUUUAACACAAGUUAAAUUAGCUAUGAGUUCAUGUAAUCGUUUAAAACGAACAACAUUUAGUGGUUAUACAUCAUGUCAUGAUAUAUAUAAAGAAUUAAAUACAAUAAAAGAUUAUUUUUCUACAACAAAUACUCUUCAACAAUUAAUUAAAUCAAAUAAAGAUAUUCUAACUGAUUAUCAACAUAUUCUUGAUCGGUUUAUAAUGUGUACAACGAAAGUCAUAGCAUCACCCAUUGAAUUAUGUCAAUUGAAUGGCAUUAGUUUAAGAGAUAAAACUAUUCAACAGAAACCAUUCAUAGAAGUCUUAUCAUCAACUGAUUUUGAGGUACUUUCAUCAAUAAAUCAAAUAAAACAAAAUAUGUUUUUACAAUUUCCUGAACGACGAUUAAUUCAAUAUGAUUGUGGAAAAUUACAAACACUUGAUAUAUUAUUAAAUCGUUUAAAACGUGAAAAACAUCGUUGUUUAAUCUUUACACAAAUGACAAAAAUGCUUGAUAUACUUGAAUUAUUUUUAAAUCAUCAUGGUUAUACAUAUGUAAGAUUAGAUGGUACAACACAAAUUGUACAACGACAAAUGUUAAUGGAACGUUUUAAUAGUGAUGAAAAAAUUUUUGUUUUUAUUUUAUCAACACGUGCAGGUGGCAUUGGUGUCAAUUUAACCGGAGCUGAUACAGUUAUUUUUUAUGAUUCUGAUUGGAAUCCAACAAUGGAUGCACAAGCACAAGAUCGAUGUCAUAGAAUUGGACAAACAAAAGAUGUACAUAUUUAUCGACUUAUAAGUAGAAAUACAGUCGAAGAAAAUAUAUUAAAAAAAGCAAAUCAAAAACGUUUACUCGGUGAUUUAACUAUAGAUGGUGGUAGUUUUGAUGUGGCUUAUUUUAAAAAGAAUAAUAUUCGUGAUUUAUUUGAUCAAUCUGCAACCUUAGAAGAUAUUGUUCGUGAACGAAAUAAUUAUCAACAACAUUUAGAUACUACUCGAUCUCCAGCAACAACAACAGCAACAGUAACACCUUCUACUACUUCAGAUAAUAAUUUAACAUUAACACAAUAUGAAGAAGCACUUGCAACAGUUGAAGAUGAAACUGAUCGACUUGCAGCUGAUGAAUUAAAUAAAGAAGUUAAAGCUGAAUUAAAUGAAUUUAAUGAAGAUGAAGCAAAUGAGGUAAAUGAAUUAAAUGAAGAUCAGUUGAUUGAAAAACAAAAACGACAAAUGAAUAAAGUUGAAGAAGAAUUAAAAACAUUUGAUGAACAAUUACGACCUAUUGAACGUUAUGCUUUACGUUGUGUUGAAGCUUAUCGUCAUGAACAUCAAUUAGCACAAGUUGCACCAAAUACUUAUCUUGAUACUGAACAAAUUCGAAAAGAUUGGGAAAUAACUCGUUUAAAAACUUUGAAAGAAGAAGAAGAAAAACAACUUGAACAAGAAGAUGAUGAAAUGAUGUACACAUAUGCUUUAGAUAAUGAACGACAAACUAAAUAUAGUUAUACAUAUUCAGCUGCACAAAAUAGUUUGGUAGCAAAUGAAUUAGCACGUCAUGAAAAAACAUCAGCUGCAAUUGCUACUAGUCAAUCAUCACUACCGCCACCAUUGGUUGCUCUUUCAUCUAUUCCUUCGCCUUCCCUUGCUCCUACUCCUCCACCACCACCUCCUCCUGCUCCUCCGUCUCUUCCUCGUCCUGUUCUUAUUAAACGUUCAUCUCAAACUCCAAAUGAAAAUUUUCGACGACGUCGUGUUCAAAUUCCAUCAUCUCCUCUUCUUCCACCACCAUCAUUACCACAACCAAAACCAUCAAUACCAUCAAUAUCAGUACCUCCUCCACCAGCAUUAAUUCAAAAACCAAAUUCGAAUACUACGAAAAAUCAACAAACACUAUCUCGUAUUAUUAAAAAUCGACAUAAUAGUAAUGAUGAUUGUGUUGACUCUACAACACUACUUGUUGCUGAUGAUUUUGAUGAUGAUGAUGAUGAAGAUGACGAUUUUAAUAAUGAUAAUCGAAUCUAUUCAUCAAAAUCUAAAACAACUCUAUCAACAAUAACAAGAAAACCUAUUUCAAAUUUAACACGUGUUACACAAAAUCCAUCUUCUUCUUCAUCAACAACGAAUUCUAAUGGUCAACAACAAAUCUGGAUUGUUAAUUCAUUAGAUCAACAAUCUGUUCUAUCAUUAAUUAAUUAUAUUAAUCCAAAUUCACCAAAUAAUUCUCGUUCAACAGGUUCAGUACUUGUGAGUAAUAAAUCUAAUAUGAAUACUUCACCUGUAACAAAUCUUCUCACACAACAACAACCUCGUUCAUCAUCAACAGCUGGUACUGUUUAUCAAAUUCGACCAUCACAACCAACACCACCACAACAACAACAACAAUCACAGCAACCACAACAACAAUCCCAACAGCCACAGCCACAACAACAAAAUGUUGUUUAUCAAAUACAAAAUGGUCGAAUAUUUCAAUCAACUAAAAAGACAACAUAA